UUGAAUGAGAAAAAAAUAAUAAUAAGCAGCCCUGUGUGCUGGAUGGGCUGGACUCCCUCCAGAUCUGUGGGAACCAGCUCCGGGGAGCACAGCAACCAUUAGCUUCCAGCUCACAUCCCAGCGAGGCUGCCGACUUCCCCUCCUGGAAGGACGAUUUACCUGGCCUGAGCAGUGGGUGAUCUGGAUUUGCACAGUAGACAUCACUUAGAUUUGUGCGGGAUUUGUGUGGUAUCUGUGAAUCACUCCUGAGAAACAACAAACAGAUAUCAGAUCAGGUUUUACUGAACAUUGGCCAAGGUUCUGCCAGACAUGGUAGGUCAUCUACAUUUGCAAGGGAUGGAAGACAGCUUAAAGGAGAAAAAUCGGGAAGGCUUGCUAGACAGUCCAGAUUCAGGCCUCCCACCAAGUCCCAGUCCUCCUUUCUACUCAAUUUCCCCUCCUGGCAUUGUCGAAACAAGGGGUGAGGGCAGCAGUGCACUGAUAAACCAUCCAGCAGAUGCCUUCAGGAAGGAAGGAAACGAGGGUAAAGUGAUUCCAUACCUCCUCCUGAACAGCUGCAAUACAGACACACGGCCCAGGAUGCAUCCGGUGAUUUUUGGUGAAAGCAUUGAAGUGAAUCCAAAGCCAGUCCAAGAAAUCAGAUGCAACUCUGAGAUUAAGUAUGAUUCUGAGAAACAUUACAGAGACCACGUCUUCUGUGCUCCAAUUCCCUCUGUCACCUCCUACAGUGAGACGAUCAUUUCCACGCCAAACUGCACAUGGAGGAAUUACAAAUCCCAGCUAUUUUUUGAGCCUCGCAACAAGCCGCUGAGGUUCCAAAGCACGACCAUCAUCUUUCCGAAACAUGCCAAGAACAUUUACAGAACAACACUCAACUACAACUGUGGUGGAACCAAGAAAUGGUUUGCAUCCAGCGUGCAGCUGGAGCUGUGCGAAGAGACAAGUCCCUGUAUCAUAUACACAGAUAAUCUUUAAUUCCAUUCAGAUCCUUCAAAAUGUACAGUAAUGCAAUGCACUUGGCCUCAUUGACAUGGGAACUGCAACUCAUAACGUUGCCAAAUAACUGUGAUACUAACCCCCUCAGAACCUUUGUGACUUGUAAAAUGAACAUAAGUAAAUUUGUAUUUUAAUGGACUCGUAUAUAAGUGGAUAAUGUUAACAAGAUUCUGUUUAGUACAAUGUUCAGAUUAUGUUUUUCACAUUCUCUUGUAUAUAAUAUUCCAGAAGAUUCUACAAGUUCUGCUGUCAGUUACAAAGCCAGGGCUCCACGUUAAAAAUAAUAUCUAUUGCAG